AUGCGCUGUUCAGUCGACGAAUUCAAGGCUAUUUAUAAUGCACUUCCAGAAAACUCUGCAAUAUGUCCAGUAUUUUCUCAUUUGUUGGAGCGGUAUGAUCUCGACGAGGCUGAAAAGACUACAUCAACAUUCCUCCAUCGUCAAUGGGACUCCCUAUGUACCCAACUGAAGAAAAAGAAGGUUAUCGAGACUGUUAGUGGAUUUGAAUCACUUUUUGCCUGGUUUGCAGAGCUGGUCAAACUGGAGGAAGUGCAUUCAUCCUAUCAUCCAGUUUCUGCUUUCGAAACACUCUUCAUUGAGAUUCACUACUGCACGGGAUUGUCCAGUACUGGUGGUCCUCAUCUGACACCACACGACUUCAAACAGUUUCAGGGAGAUUUUGCCCUGUAUUUUGCGGAUUGGGUCUCCCUAGACAAAGAGCAAGUUCCAGCAACUAGUUGCUGGCGCGUCAAGGAGACUGUACCUCUUUGUUUGGGUGCCAGAGAAGAUAUUUGUUAUCUGCUUACUUCUCUCCUGCUUCUUUUCACUAUUGAAGUUGGUGACGAGCAUCCAUCCGAGACCAUGCCUCAGGAAUGGGAUUUUCCUUUGACGCUGCUUCCUCAUACCCAAUCUGCGGCAAAUUCUCAUGGACUUGUUUAUGAUCUCAUGGGACUAGCCUUGACCCAAUCAUUUUAUUGCUCGGCUUUUUAUUUGCUUUGUGGAGGAGCUGUUGCACAGGAUUUAUUCUUUCAAGUUCGAACAGCUGCCCUCGCCAAGAAAUUCAAUUUGCGAUUCUCAACAAAUAAUCUUGACAGGCUCUUUUCAACAACCUACCACUCAGACCAAUUUGUCGAGCUUGAGAGCAACAAGCGCACCUGGCUUUUGAACCCUUUGAGAUCACAGACCCUCGAGUAUGUUUCUCGCGAUGCACCAGCUGACAUUACUGAGGAAUCUCUGUCUCCAGAGCCCAAGCAAGGUGUAAUCUCCCAACCUGGAUCACCGACUACUCCACCUAGCCCUCUGUCUUCUCUCCCAGAUUCAGAAUUUGAGUUGAACUGCCAAUGUGGGAUCAUCGGUAAUGGUAAUAUUCUUUAUCGCCACGAGCAUGGGGUGGCUAUCCAAUGCGAUCAAUGUCAUGAUUGGUCUCACAUUGCAUGCCAGCUAGUGCUUGGAAGUCCGGUUUUUUGCCUUUUUGACCUCGAUAUUCUCCACUAUGAAUGGUACUUAAAUUUGUUCAUUAGAGCGGGGAGAGGCACGCUAGCGAGAUGUGAGCAGUUUUGGUAUCCGGUGCGCCUCAUUCAGGCAGUGCAACACAGUUGGAGGGUGCAUUGGUGGAGGGAAAAUCAAUUUCUUGACAAGGAUGAGCCUGCAGCAGGUGGAUUUUCUGUUGUGAAUACCAAGGACAUUGUUGAUUCGUUGUGGAACGACCAAUUGGCAAGACGAGCAAUACGGCUCGGAAAAUGGAAACAUGCCUGGGACAUCGAAACCUCAGAAGACAUUCUCGCAGAUCCAUCUAAAAUACCAUACAUGAUUCCUGCCGGAAUCCGGGCAAUUCCUGGAAUUCCGGAGGAAUCAAAUUUGGCAGAGGGCCCUGCCAAAUUGAUCAAACCAUUCCGGCGGAAUUUUGAUGGAAUUCAAAUUCCGCCAGAAUGGUUCCAGGAAUCACCCGGAAGGAAUGAUCCCGGAAUGAGACGGAACGGAAUUCCUGACGCCCAAAUCGAGUGUCGGCGUUUGCCGACGCUUGAUUUGGGCGUCAUCAACAAACAACUCCCACUCUCUCAACCACCACCAUCAUCCACGACGCCAACCCACCUCGCGACACCGCCACGUCACCAACGGCCACCACGACGCACACAACGACGACGUCCGUCGUCGUUUCACCACGACCCCAACACAACACCACGGCCACGACACGGAAACGACGCCCCAACGCCACGUCACCAGCCUCAACGACGAACGACGCAAGUCGUCGUUCGUCGUCAUAGCCUGCUAACACCAGGCACACGACGAGGGACAACCACGUCAACGCACGACCACGACCACCACGCCCACAGACGACGACACGCCUCACCACGUCAACGGAGGGCCACGCCAACAAACGACACGCCCACGACGACACCACCACCACGUCAACGGGCGACGACCGCGUCAACGGACGCCCACGUCAACGGACGACGACGAUAUCAACAGACGACGAGCGACCACCGCCACGUCAACGGACCACCGCCACGUCAACAGACCACGACGACGAAGCCAACGGACGACGACAACGCCAACGGACGACAACGCCAACAGACGACGACACCAACGGACGACGACGACAACGCCGCCAACAGACGACAACGCCAACGGACGACGUCGACGCUGCCAAUGGACGGCCACGUCAACGACGACGAGCGUGUCCCGCUCCACCAUAAUUUGAAUCUAUAUAACUGUUCUAAGAAGAAACUUGCAUGA